UACAAAUAAUUAGAGUUGGAUCUCAAUUUUAUGGUUGUUUAAGCCAUGAAUACAACAUUCUCAGCUGCUGCUCCCAAAGCUCUAAUUGAGCUAAAAACAGCUCUCUUCAAUGGCUUCCAAUCAUUCAAUCAACUUAAACACAUUCAUGCUCGCCUUAUUCGUGCAGGUUUUGAUCAAAACAACUAUCUUUUGAACUUAUUAUUAAAAUUUACUUUGAACAAUUUCAACAAUCCAAAUUAUGCUAAGCUUGUAUUCAAUCAAGCUCAAGAACCCAACAUUUUUCUUUACAAUACUAUGAUUCGUGGGUUGGUUUCGAAUAAUUGUUUUCACCAAUCAAUUGAAUUUUUCCAUGGUAUGAGAAAUGAAGGUUUCUUGCCUAACAAUUUUACUUUUCCAUUCUUGUUGAAAUCUUGCACGAGGUUAUCAGAUUUUGAAUUGGGUGUUAAGGCUCAUGGGCUUGUUGUUAAAGGGGGGUUUGAUUAUGAUGUGUUUGUGAAGACUGGGUUGGUUUGUUUUUAUGCUAGGUGUGGGUUUCUUGAUGAUGCACACCAGAUGUUUGAUGAUAUUCCUGAGAAGAAUGUUGUAUCUUGGACUGCGAUAAUUACGGGGUAUAUUGAUUUUGGGAAGUUUAAGGAGGCUAUUGAUUUGUUUCGGAGGUCGUUGGAGAUGGGUUUGAGUCCGGAUAGUUUUACUCUUGUUAGGGUUUUGUCUGCGUGUAGUCGGGUAGGGGAUGUUAGUGCUGGUGAGUGGAUACAUGGGUACGCGGUGGAGAUGGGUAUAGGGAGGAAUGUGUUUGUUAAUACUGGUUUGGUUGAUAUGUAUGCUAAAUGUGGGGAAAUGGCGAAAGCUCGUGAGGUUUUUGAUGAGAUGGUAGAGAAGGAUGUUGUGUCUUGGAGUGCUAUGAUACAGGGUUACGCGGUCAAUGGGCUACCUAAAGAGGCGUUGGAGGUGUUUUACACGAUGCAACGAGAGAAUGUUAGACCGGAUUGCUAUUCAAUGGUUGGUGUGCUUUCAGCUUGUUCAAGGUUAGGAGCGUUAGAAGUUGGCGAAUGGGCUAGUAAGUUGAUGGACAUGAAUGAGUUUUUGUCUAAUGCUGUUUUAGGUACAGCACUUAUCGAUAUGUAUGCUAAAUGUGGACGGAUGGUAUCAGCUUGGGAAAUCUUCAAACAAAUGUUGGUGAAGAAGGAUAGAGUAAUCUGGAAUGCUGUUUUAUCUGGUCUUGCUAUGCACGGGUACGUAAAAUCUGCCUUUUGUUGUUUUAGUCAAGUAGAGAAACUUGGUAUAAAACCUAACGGAAACACAUUCAUCGGUCUCCUUUGUGCUUGCACUCAUGCUGGCCUUGUUGACGAAGGUCGUAAAUAUUUCCAGAGCAUGACUCACUUAUACUCUUUGGAACCAUCAAUUGAACAUUAUGGAUGUAUGGUUGAUCUUCUAGGUCGAGCUGGCUUGCUGGAUGAAGCUCACUCGUUGAUCGAGAGUAUGCCAAUGAAGGCUAAUGCUGUCGUUUGGGGAGCUCUGUUAAGUGGCUGCAGGUUACAUCGCGAUACCAAGCUGGCUGAACAUGUGCUAAAGCAGUUGAUUGAACUGGAACCAUGGAACUCUGGUAACUAUGUUCAUUUAUCAAAUAUAUAUGCAUCUAACAAUAAAUGGGACGAUUCAGAAAAGAUCAGGUCGUCUAUGAACGAAAGAAGAAUGCAGAAGAUACCUGCAUAUAGUUGGAUAGAGAUUGAUGGAAUAGUUCAUGAGUUUCUUGUUGGAGAUACAUACCAUCCAAUAUCAGAUAACAUAUACGUCAAACUCGGUGAACUGAGCAAGGAGCUAAGAGAGGUAGGUUAUGUUCCAAGAACAGAAUACGUUCUAUUUGACAUCGAAGAGGAGGAGAAGGAGCAUUUCGUGGGGUGUCAUAGUGAGAAGCUCGCGCUUGCAUAUGGCUUACUAAGUACGAAACCUGGUGAUGGUAUCAGGAUAAUAAAGAAUCUUCGUAUCUGUGGUGAUUGCCAUACGUUCUUCAAGCUUGUCUCAAUGAUAACGGGGAGAGAAAUUAUCUUACGAGAUAAUAACCGUUUCCAUUGUUUCCUUGAAGGUUCAUGCUCUUGUGGCGAUUACUGGUAAGACUUCAGUUGGUAAUAUGAUGUUGCAGAAGAGAAUUGAGGCCAAUUGGUGCCAUUCCCUUAUGCAAGAAUAGAUAGACCUAAUAUUUAUCUUUCAUCAGCUCGAUAAGACCAAUGGGUGGUUGAUUGACUUGUGACCUGUAGGUCAUACGAAGAUAACUUUACCGUUACUCCAAGGAAGAGGAGCAAUGAAAGUAAACAUUUUUGACGAUUCAUUGAUCCUCUGUGAUGUAGAGGUUGAUCAAUCCUCCGCAUUAGGUUGAUUCCAGUCCAUCUUCUAGGUUUGGUGGACUAUCCAGAAAGAAAGAAUGACCUUGAAACGCAUUGCAUUUUUUACCUAAGCUCUACGCCGAGAGAACUAAACCUAGUGUUCCGAUGGAGAAGUGUAGAGGAGCGGACCCAUCAUCCCCGAGUUUUUGGCUCCAAAUGGAUUUCUCAGGAUAAAAGGAAACACAGUUGUUUAUGUUGGAUAUUUUGUAUUAAUAAAGAAACCGAUUUGUUUUAUGAGAAAUUUAGAAAUUAUUAUCUAAA